AUGGUGUCCUUCUCGAGUGAUGAAUGUAGCCGUGUCUGCCUUUUGAGGUUAAGCCUCCCUCAGUCACAAACGUGGACACGGAAACAAUAUGUUACUCGGAACCAUAACACUAAACAUCCAGAUAAUCAAUUUGCUACCGGAUUGGAAGACUCGCCUGCACUCAAUGAGGAAUGUCUGGCAGUCGGUCCGUACCCACCAUCCGCAGGAGGUCUCCAAGGUGUACAGCCUCUCGUCGAUGGCAUCAAUGUAGGUAAGGGAAGUCGGCAAAAUGGAUCCGUACCUUCCGAAGAAGGAUUGGCUCCGAGGACCGGGUCGGUCGGGCCGUGCCCGUGCGAAGCGAGGAACCGGUACGGGGCUGUAGCGUUCGCUCCGUUCGCGCUUUGCGGCGCGGGUUCAAAGUGUCGUAGCGGUCCGUCGGCGUUACAGUCGUGCGCAGCGAUAACCGCAGUAGUGUGCCUUAUCUAUCUAUCUAUCUAUCUAUCUAUCUAUCUAUCUAUCUAUCUAUCUAUCUCUCUAAGAAAUAAUUUUCUAUCUAUCUAUCUAUCUAUCUAUCUAUCUAUCUAUCUAUCUAUCUAUCUAUCCUUGUCACUUCAUAUGUCCAUCUUAUGUUCCUAUUUAUCUAUCUAUCUAUCUAUCUAUCUAUCUAUCUAUCUAUCUAUCUAUCUAUCUCAAUGA